UCUAUGGAGGCCCAACAGCUUCAACUGCCCGCCAAACAGCCGCCGGAAGUACCGGCCCUGAGGGGUGGAGUUGAGCUGGUGGCGGCGACAGCGGUUGCCAGGAUCCCGCGUUGCCGCCUGAGGGACCCGUAAUAUGGCGGGGAGGAGGAGGAGGAGAAGGCGGCGGACCUAGAUGCGCUCUAUCUGAACCGACUGAGGCCUUUGCUUAUUGAGGAGGCUGGUCCACGGGCAGAGAAGCUGACCGGACAGUAGGUGUCAGUGCCUACUGUAUGUGUCAUGGCGAUUCAGUGAGCAAGACUGAGAAGGUACCUGCUCUUAUGGAGUUUAUAUUUUGGUGGAAGAAGAUACCCCAAACUCAAGGAAAUAAACGAGAUCAUUUCAGAUAGUGUGUACGGUGGGAAGAUGGAGAAAUAUGAGGAGUUCUGCGAGAAAGCGCUGGCCCGAGCUCAGGAAGCAUCCCUGUCCACAGACAGCUUCCUGCCUGCCCAGGCAGAAAGUGUCUCACUCAUCCGUUUCCAUGGGGUGGCUGUACUUUCUCCACUGCUUACCAUUGAGAAGAGAAAGAAAAUUCAAGAGGAAAAGCAGAAAGCACUUGAUGUGCAAACAAGAAAGCAGGCCAAUAGGAAAAAAGCCUUACUGACUCGUGUCCAGGAGAUUCUUGAAAAUGUUCAGGUUAGAAAAGCACCAAAUGCCAGUGAUUUUGAUCAGUGGGCGACAGAAACCAUUUACUCUAAUCCAGAAGUCACAGACUUGCAUGUUCCUGUUACAAUUCCAAACAGCUUGCUGAGCCCCACUGAACACUGCACUUCAGUAAAGCUUGAAAAGAUAACUGGACUUUUGCCUGUGAAUAAUGAGGACCAACAAAACCCUAAGAGGAUGGGGUUGCUUAGAGACUCAGAGGUGUCUGGUUCUCUGAAGCAGUGUGAGAGUCCAGAAAGCAGGCAGGCAGAAAAUGGAGCUGCUGUAAGGCUCUCUUCAGCAAGCUCGCAGGAGACUGUCAUUUCUGAUGGUCCCCUCUUAGUAAAGGAAGAACAGGACCCAUCAUGUUUGGCUGAAGUCACUCCAGAUCCCUACAUAAUGAGCCUUCAGAAUCUAAUGAAGAGGUCAAAGGAAUAUGUGGAAAGAGAGCAGUCUAGCCGGAGUCUGAGAAAUAGUUUAAAGAGAAGUGUUAAUGAAACUCAUUCAGACAAAGAAAACGAUGCUGCUAAGGCUAGCGACUGUAUAAAGGAGAAGGCCCCACCCAUGCCCAUAGGCAGGCACUGUGGCUCUGCCAUCCCCGACAAACCAAGCCUUAAUAAGUCAAAUGUCCUCCUCCAAGGUGCUUCACAAGCACGCAGCAAAGGCACGUCAGUUUUAGCUAGCUUUUCUAAAAUAGACCUACCUACAGGAACUGCUCCUCCCACUGCUCCAGAUGCCGAAUCAGAUUUUAAAGUUGUUCCUACCUUUGUUACUGAAAAUAAAGUAAAAAGUCUUACAGGUCCAUAUGCCAAAUUACCUAGUCCAGAGCCAAGUAUGAGUCCUACAUUGCAUCGAAGGCAUUCCCGGUCAUCAUCAGCAUGUCAGAUCCUUAUAAACAACCCAGUAAAUGCCUGUGAGCUAAGCCCAAAGGGAAAAGAAGAGGCAGUGGGUAGAAUUGCUCCCGCUGCUGCUGAAACAGCAAAUGAAUCUGAAAUUGUGCCAAAGUCACCAACUGAUUUGACAGAGGUUUAUUCAAGUAAUGUUUCUGCUACCAAAACCACGUCUGAUAGCACAAGAGAGAUGGUUGUGGGUAAGCCAAGUCAGGUGCGGCAGGCUUUAGGAAAUCAAUUGGGCAAUAACGUCACUGUUGAGCGGUUUGCUGUGGAAGGUCCCUUCAUACCUGUUGAUAGGGGAGCCCAGAAUGUGGACAGUACUUGUAUGGCUGUGCCCAAGUUGCCUGAACUGCAACCCACCAGUCAGUGUGCGUCAAGUCAAACCUUGGAAGAUGUGGGUGGACUCAAGUCAGCCAGUAUGCUAGGAAAAAACUCCUGCAACUUACAAAUGGAACUGAAUAAAUCUUACGAUGUGAAGCACCCAUCUCCCUUACUUAUGCAAACCCAGAAUUGCAGACAGCAGAUGGACACACCUCCAGUGCUCUGUGGAAACGAACAGUUCGUAGAUAACAGUUUCGAAAGAGUUAAGCGGAGACUUGAUUUAGAUGUUGAUAGUUUACAAAAAGAAAAUUGUCCUUAUAUUGUAACAGCUGGAGCAGCUGAGCAGGAGUGGGACCGUCUGCCAGAGAGAAGAUGCCCCAAGGGAUCUGUCCACAUCAACAAGAGUAAGAUGCUGGAAACUAGCCCCAAAGAAGGCCAGGAGCUACUGAAAAGCAAGAUGUUAGCUUUUGAAGAAAUGCGCAAGAGACUAGAAGAGCAGCAUGCCCAGCAGUUAUCACUUCUCAUAGCUGAGCAGGAGCGGGAGCAGGAGCAGCUGCAAAAGGAAAUAGAAGAGCAGGAGAAGAUGCUGAAGGAGAAGGCAGUUAUGACGGAUGUCUCUGACUUGAACAGUGCGCUGGAGCUAGAGUGGAGAAAAAGAAGCGAUUCUGUUUUGCUAGAAACCAUGCUGUCCCAAGUGGACUCACUCCAGACUUCAAACAACUCUGGCUUUAUAAAUUCUGCCCUACAAUAUAGCUUUGGCUCUACAAGUGAAGCACCGUUCUACCUCUGGGGAUCACUGACCAGUGGCGUGACCAAACUCUCAGUAACAAGGCCUUUUGGACGGGCCCAAGCUAAGUGGUCUCAGGUCUUUAGUCCAGAAAUACAAGCAAAAUUUAACAAAAUAACUGCCGUGGCAAAAGGGUUUCUUACUCGUAAACUUAUGCAAACAGACAAACUGAAGCAACUUCGACAAACUGUAAAAGACACGAUGGAAUUCAUACGAAGCUUUCAGUCAGAAGCCCCUCUGAAGAGAGGUGUUGUCUCAGCCCAAGAUGCUUCCCUUCAGGAACGAGUGUUAGCUCAGUUGCGAGCUGCCCUGUAUGGUAUUCAUGACAUCUUCUUUGUGAUGGAUGCAGCUGAGAGAAUGUCAAUUCUCCAUCAUGAUCGAGAAGCCCGCAAAGAGAAACUGCUCCGGCAAAUGGAUAAGAUGAAAAGUCCACGAGUGGCGCUUUCAGUGGCAACACAGAAGUCCCUCGACAGGAAGAAGUUCAUGAAAGUUGCUGAAAUGGGAAUGCCAAAUAAGAAGUUCCUGCUUAAGCAAAACCCUUCAGAAACAAGAAUCCUUCAGCCAAACCAAGGACAGAAUGCACCAGUUCAUAGGCUACUUAGUAGACAAGGAACCCCUAAGACACCAGUGAAGGGGGUUGUGCAAAAUAGACAGAAGCCUUCACAGAGCAGAGUGCCUAACAGAGCGCCUGAGGCAGGAGCAUAUGCAGGAAAAAUCCAAAGAAAGCGGCCAAAUGUUGCGACAAUUUAAGAAGACAGCACUCGCUGGGCUGAAGCCGGGGAGCAGGGCUGCUGCCACCCACAUUCCACUCUAGUCGGGGCUUCUGACUUAGCCCUGGACUCUGCAGCAAAGGGACAGCAAGGGCUGAGCAUUGUCCUGUAUAAUCUCAGCUUGGAGAAUCCCUGCCUCAUUUCCUAUGAAUAUUGUUUGGAUAAAAAUGAUUAGUAUUUAGUAAUUGUCUUGUUUCUGAGCUUAGCCUAUAUAAACAUAUUGUAUGUGCCCAGA